CCGAAUUUCCAUACAAAUAUUUCCAAUUAUUUACCAAAAUGCCGGAUGAAAUACAAACACGACGCUACGAGUCUAUGUUAUUCAACUACGGGACAGUACAAAGAACAGAUUACAGGGAAAAUAAAAUCAAACCUCCCGUGCCUACACUGUAUAAGGAAAAAGCGCCGAAAUCUAGAGCGGAAUUUAAAGGCAUCAAGGACACGCAAACUCUGACUGAGAGUCUGCCCAUCCCGUUCGAUCUCUUUAUUAGACCUAAAGAUAUCGUGAGGACUAAUCCUAGAAUCGUGCAAAAGACUUACUUAAAACCUGAAGAUCUAGAGCGUGAGGAGGCGCAGAGGACUCGCCCACGUCUGGUUAUGACACCAGCCGUCAGUAUGGACGAUAUCGACAACAAACAAGUCCGCGAUUUGCUGUUAAAGGACAUUUAUACGAGCACGGUGCGGAUCGCGACGGAGGAGGGCGUAGCCCUGACCAACUACAAGACCGUUCGAGCCCCGUUCCCGGGCCUGCCAGCGCCAGCUAAUCCAAUAACCCUACCAAAGCUGAACGCUCAAUACGUGUCUCCCGAGUGGCGCAUGGACUCUGUGUCGUGGGACAACCGUCAGCUGCGCACCUACUGCGACCCGACUGAGAAGUUCUGGCUCGAAAGGACUCCUAAAUGCAGCGUAUGUGACGACACAGCGGCGCGAACAGCACAACAGAAAAUUAAGGAACAAUGAAAACGCGGGCCUGAACAGAAAAGCUUUAUUGUCAAACUUAAU